UCUGGCAGCAAUCCACACGCAUGUCACGACUUCGUGCGUGAGUAGGCACGAACAGUUCCCAUACGAAUCUUAUAUAGUUUAAUAAAACCUUGUGCGGACUUAAGCGUUGUGAAUUUUAUUGUAAUAACUGGACUGUAAACUUGGAUUAGCCAUGAGCAAUAAGCGGAAAUUGGAAAUAGAACUCGAUCUCAAGAGCAACGAUAAAAGAUACUCGUUUUUUACUCCUACUUCUGUGCGCAGUUCUGUAUGGAAGCACUUUCAAGUAAUAAAAUUUUUGGAUACUGUGGAAAGCUUUGCACGUUGUAACCAUUGCGAAGAGAUUUUGUCGUAUGCGCCGAGGAGCGGUACUGGCAGCCUGUUGCGCCAUCGUUGCAUGCGUGCAAGAGCAAUUAGUUCGCCAAAACAUCUACCGGCACCACAAAGUGUUUCAAGCUUUAUCCGUAGCAUGUUGCCUAGUAAGACAAAGGAAGAUAUAUUGAAAUCACAGUUGGAAUUUAUCUCAAAAGAUUUAAUAUCUCUUAAUACUACGGAAGGUGAUGGUUUUCGGAAAUUCGCCCAAGCUUUAAUAAAUAUCGGUGCAGAAUAUGGGAAGCAAAACGUUGAGGAAAUUUUGGUUACUCGCCCGAUCUUGAUUAACAGUCUCAUUCCGACCGAAUAUUUCAAUAUUAAGAAUCAAUUAGAAUACAUUCUAUCAAAUAAUCAAGUUAACUUUUCAACAGCUACAUUGAUCGAUGAAUGUUCGAAACGUAGUUUCUUGACUUUAACCGCUCAUUACAUUAAUGAUGAUUUUAUUUUGAAAUCAAGCUUACUGGGAACACGAGAGUUUACAUCGUCUGCGGUAGAAACUUCCGCUAGAAUCAACUAUUUCGUUAUGGACAUACUGAAUGAGUUUCAAAUCAAAGAUAAGUUAAACCAAGGUAUGAUCGUAACUGAAAACUCAACGACAUUUAUUGAGGCUUUUCGCACCUACAAACGAAUUUCAUGCGUCUGUCAUAACAUAACGCUGUUCAUGAAAGAUGCUUUGGACAACAGUACCAUUAAAGAAGUUAAGGAACUUAUAGAAGCCUCAAGAUGUUUGGUCAGCCUAUACGAAAACUCAGAGUUAAAUAACAUAUUGUCUAUUCCUGAGAAACCAAAGGAGACCGAAAAAUUCAGUUCCGUAUAUCGUACACUGUCAAGUAUUUUUACCAUGUAUAAUGAAAUUGAACAAGCAUUAAUGGAGCGAAACGAGUGGCAAGAGAUCGCCGACAUUAAUUUUCAUCUCUUGGAUCGUGUUAUUUCAUUUUUCAGGCCCUUUAAAGAAUGUUUCGAUAUCCUGAGCUCACAAACUUCACCGGUUAUAGCAGAAUAUUGUUUGUGGUAUGAUAAGCUGCAAAAAUUCUGUUUUGAUUGCCCACGGGAUUCUGAUGUAAUAUCAGAACUAAAAGCCAUCGCUAGAGCCAUCUUAAAACAAAGAAUGGAACCCGAUAUUGUGCAUUAUAUAGCAUUCUUCCUUAAUCCACAAUACAAAAAUAAACAUAUUUUAACUGAAGAGCAACUAACAAAGUCUCGAAAAGCAGUCAAAUUACUUCUGGAAGACCUAAAACAACAAGAGAGAGAUGUGGGCUUGCUGAUGCAGUCAGAUGCCGGAUGUAUCGAUACUAAUGGUUUGCCUUCAGUUUCCAAUAAUGUAAACUUGCAAAGCCACGACUAUAUGAAUUUGAAUGAUAACGAGAUUGAUAAUGAGCUACAGAAAUAUUUCGAAAUAGAAGCAGAAUGUGCCGACUUAUUGGAUUUUUGGAAAAAUGCACUGGAUUUACCAUUGCUAAGACAUGUUUCCCGUCAGAUUUUAAAUAUACCAUCCAGUUGCACGAAAUAUGGAUGUGCAGCAUUAAGUUUAGGUGAAAUUUUGGAGGGAGGAAAAGCAAAGAUUUCAAGUGAAAGCAUUGAUCAACUAUUAUUUAUACACAAAAACAUUGGUUAUAUCGGAUCUAAAACUCAAAGCAAUGCAAUGGAAACGUACGAAGCGAUUAAACCAUAUAUAUAAUACUUCUAUAUUGGCAGUAUCUACAAGUGCCGUCAGAAACAUUAUAGUAAAGAUCUUUAAAAAUAAAACGGAAAAUCGAGUAAUCGUAUGUGAAAAAUGACGCUUAAUUCAAGCAAAUCGCAGUGGCGGUGCGUUAAAAGAAAA